CACGCACGCACGCACGCACGCUAAAAUGCCUGGAAGACAACGUACAGGGCAUACUUAACAAAGAAACUCCUUCCCCGUCGCAUUUAAAAUACGUCAUCCUCGACUGUCGUGCGUCUGACGGUUGUGAGUUUUCUGCACGUGUGAACUGUGCGAGCUCGCGGUCAUGACGGCGCGCUCGUUCUCUCAGGAGCUCGAGGACUUGUUAAAUCCGCUGCCCAAGUUUGCGGAUCCGGAGGAUGACGGGGACGAGGCGACGAGAGCCCGAGUGAUAGAUGAAUUCGGAGAGGGCGAGGAGGAGGUGGAGGACGGAGAGGGUCCGGUUCGUGUCGGGACCCUCCGGAACCGCAACUCCUCCCAGCUGUCGGACACGGACAGGCGGUAUGUGGGGAAACCAGUGUCCCGUAAACAGCUGCUGAUGGACUCUGAGCGCUCCGAUGAAGAGGAGGAGGAGGAAGGGGAUGAUGUUGAUGAUGAGGAGCAGGUUGAUGAAGAUGGUGUUUCUGUAGAUGAGGAAGCUGACGACGUAGUAGAGGAUGAGAAUGAAGAUGAAGAUGAGAAGUUCUUCAGCAGGGAGUCAAAAUUGACUGACGUCACUUUCCCUAAAAACGUGGACUUCCUUAAAAUGACAGAGGGCAUGGACGACCUGGGAGUGAGCAACGACGAAGAUGAUGAUGAAGAUGAUGAAGGUGAAGGCAGUCAGGAGGAGUCUGAAGGCAGCCAUGAUGAAGACCAAAGUUCUGAGAUGGACGAGGGGCCGGAGGAAGCCCCCAUCCUCACGUUCUCUCAGGACAAAGUGGACGAGGAGGUGGAGAAAGGCAGAGCGGUGAAGAACCAGCUGGCCCUGUGGGACCAGCUGCUGGAGGGCCGGAUCAAGCUCCAGAGAGUCCUGGUGACGGCCAACCAGCUGCCGCAGCCGGCCACCUUCCCCGACUUCAAGAGGAGGGGCGGAGCCGAGUUCGCCGGGGCGCUGAAAACCAGCCGCAAGGCCCUGAAGGCCCUCCAGAGGUCCCUGCUGGAGCUCCAGGACCAGCUGCUGCACCAGAACCCGGACACCAGGACCGUCGCUGUGGGGAGCGGAGACGAGGAGGGCGACGGCGAUGCGGGGUGGCCGGCGGAGGGGGCCGGCGCGCCCAAAAGGAAACUGGAAGUGGCGGAGUACCCGGCGUUGAUGGCGAAGCGUUUCGCGGCGUUCCAGCCGUACCGGGACGCCACCCUGCAGAGGUGGCACGACAAAACCCGCCUGGCUUCGGGCAGGAGCGGCCGGGGGGGCUUCGGGGCGUUCGACAGGAACAUCCUCACCCAGGUGGAGCAGGUGCUGAUGGACCGGGAGAGGCUGGUGCGGCGCACGCAGACCCGACGCUCCGAGUACGCCGUCCUGGGGAAGAGCGAGGCCCCCGCCGCCGCCGCUCCGGAGAACGCUGACGGCGAGCAGCAGCUGAAGACCAACGCUCACCUGAAAGACCUGGACGAGGACGUCUUCGACGACGACGACUUCUACCACCAGCUGCUGAGGGAGCUGAUCGAGCGCAGGACGAGCGCCGCCGACCCCAACGACCAGGUGGCCGUGGGCCGGCAGUGGCUCGCCAUCCAGAAGCUGCGCAGCAAGAUCAAGAAGAAGGUGGACACCAAGGCCAGCAAGGGCCGCAAGCUGAGGUUCCACGUCCACAACAAGCUGCUCAACUUCAUGGCCCCCGUCCACCACAGCUCCAUGAGCGACGAGGCGCGCAGCGAGCUGUACCGCGGCCUGUUCGGACACGCCGUCAGCAGCUGAGGGCCACGGGAUGAAAUUUGUUGGAUCAAAUCAAGAUGGCUGCCUCAGCUAAUUAGCGAACACAAACUGGCAACGUCUCAAGGAAUUUUUUUAACGUGACUUUGAAGUGCCCGUGACAUCGUUUUUGUAAUAAUUCAGAAAAAAAAAACUGCAAAGAUAAUAUUGAAAUAAUAGUUUUCACUACUCUGAGUUGGGCAGUUGUUGAAGUAUUCAUGUGAACAGGAAGUGAUGUCAAAGGGGAACCUCUGCGUGUAAACAGUAGUGUUGGGCACAAUUGUAGUGCCUGUGACAUGCAUCCUUCAAAUACAAAAAGUCAAAGAAAACAUAUUUAUAUUUAGGAAACUUGGGGAAAAAUAAACAUGAAUUUACGCGUUUUGUCAUAUAACUGGUUUAUUUUCUUUUGAACUGGACUCAGCCAGAGUGAAACAGGAAGUGACAUCAAAGGGGAAGACUUAAUGAAAGAAAACUCUUAUCUUUUGUUUACUGAAACGCUAUUAUUUGAACUUUGAAUCUUCAUCUCUGAUGGUGACUCAGAAUCGUAAACAUCAGAUUCUUCACUGUCUGUUAACGGUUGUAGCAGUGUUCUGUUUACAUGCAGUUAUUCCUCU